AUGGAGGCCCCCGUGUCAUCUGCCAGCUCCCCAGCAGAGAAUGCUCCCUCGUCCAGAGGGACCGGCCGCGGCGGGCGCAGUAUGUUUCGAAGUGGUCGCGGCACUAAUGAUCACCGCGGUCGCGGUCGCGGGUAUUCGCACGGCGGUCGGAACGCCUUCCAAGGGCGUGGCCGAGAUCGGGGCAAUGCUCGGGGUCACGGCGACACUCGCGGACGAGGCCGAGGCCGAGGCAAGGGGCAGCCUGAAGAUCGCGACUUCGCGCCAAAGAAGUUCAUGCGCCACCGCUCUCUCUCGGGGAAGCACGGCUCUCACACACCGCUUGAUGGGGAACGGGCGGUGAAGCGCGAGAAGAAAGAUAAGAAGCCCAACUCCAACUUUGCCCUCUUGCGCUCCACGCUGGGUGACGCGGAAACGAUCGCCGAGUACAUCCGCGAUUACCACUCAAGCAAGAAGUUCAGUGAAGUCAAGUCCGUCAACGCUUUCCUGCAAGCCGUAAGCCAGCGGCCCAAAGCAGUCUACGAGGAGCUCAUGUCGCAGUACAAGGACGAGGUUUUUACGACUCUCGAGCGCCUCUUUGCCUUGUACGCGCUUGGCAAAACCCCCAUGAUCCCGCCAGCGCAUGAGUUUCUGAUCCGCUGCGAGCAAGAGGGUGUGCGCAAGUCGGCGUGGGGUGAGGGCGUUCGCACACUGCCCGUAAAGGCGGCGGAGACAGAUGCCGCCAUCCCUGCAGAGGGCGAGGCGGAGGGCGUGGCACCGUCACCGCAGCCGCCGGCACCGGUGGCACCGCCUCUGGACGCAGAGGCGGGAUCGCUUCUCUCACCCCGCGAGCUUCUAAAGAAACUAGCCUCCCUUGACGUUGUCGGUCGUCUGCAGCGGCUGAUCGAGAUGUCGAGGUCUGUCGCAGAUAUUCAGGUGUGCGCCAACAAACUGACAGCCUUGAUCACCGACGCGCGGGACGACGUUGAGAAGGGCAGCGUGAUCCCCACGACCUCCGCGGAGAAGUUUGACUACGCAGCCAAGUGCCAGCUAAUCAGCAAGCUGCUGUCGAAGGCGCGCCGGCUUGUAGAACCGACGUUUGCACCGCCGUCAAGGGCUGCGGCAGACGGCGCCUCGGAUAACCUCGUGGAGAAACCAGCCGAAGAGGCGACAGUGCGGAGGAGUGAGCAGGUGUUCGGCGGGGACGACGAGGAGGAGCUGCCACGGACAGCAGCCGAAGCCGCUUUCUCAGGCACUUCUGCCACCGCAGUGGACCGUGCAGCCCCCGUCGUCACUCAACGCCGCGUCCCUCUUACUGACGACGAGAUCGAGGGCUUUCAGGCGGCUAUCUCUGUGGCCUUUCAUGCGUUGGAGACGGUGCUGGAGCAGCACCCGCCGAGCGUCACGCAUCAACCCCUCUCCAAGUUUUGCAAGGUACUGGAGUGGUGCAAGGGGAAAGGCUUGCUGGCAUCUGCGGACGAGCGAUUCGCGACGCUGCUGGAGCAGCAGGUGGAGAAGGACAUUGCGGAGCAGGCGAACCAGAUCAAGACGGUGAUCAGCCUCAAGUCUCUGACAGCCGGUGACACGGCCGCACUGCGCGAGGUGGUUGAUCAACUGUGGGAGGCCGGGGGCAGUCUGUGCUUCUCGCCAUCAAGCAUGGAUGUGCUCUCUGCCAUUGCUGUGGCCGCGUCUGUCGACGACAUCGACGCUGAUGUGAAACGGCUGGUGGCGGACCGUCUUGUGCAGACGCAGCGUCACCUUGCGGAUACGGUGGCGCUACCGCGCCGGGCACUGCGCUUCGUGAACGACGAGCGCAACAAGGUAAAGCAGGCCGCCAUCGCAAAGCAGCUGCAGGCAGAGGCAAGCAAGCACAAGACAGAGGGUGACGAACGAGAAGGAGAGGGAUUGCGGUGA